UCAAGAGGAAGUUCCUGUUUUAAAAGAAGAGAUACACAGACAUUUGUGAGAACUUAACAUUGUGGAGAACAACAGUUGACCAGCCAGCUCAUCCAUGGAAGUGAACAUCACUAAUUCAACUGAAGGAUUUUGUGGCUUGUCUGAAAUGCCAGCACGUCCAUUCUUCAUAUGUGUAUACACACUCAUCUUUCUGGCAAGUCUGGUGCUAAAUAGCAUUUCAUUACAUGUGUAUUUUUGUAAAUCUACUAGUCAGUCCAGCAUCACAAUCUAUCUCAAGAACCUGGCUGUCGCCGACUUGUUUGUCUGCCUGUGCUUGAUUUUACGCAUAGUUAAAUAUUCCUACAGUUCAGUGGAAAUUCAACGUAUCUACUGUAACUUUGGUGCCCCAGCUUCCUACCUUAACAUGUACUGCAGUAUUCUCUUCAUGGGCUACAUUGCUGUAAACAGGUACUUGAGGAUUGUAAAGCCACUGGAAACUAAUACCUUGCAAACAGUCCACUCGAGCCGCUACAUCUGCAUGGUGACCUGGGCUGUCUUACUUUGCACUUUUUGUGUCUACAUCGUUGUUUUUAUCAGUUCCCACAGUGCUAAUAAGGAAAACUCUGCCCACAGUGGUUUCGAUUGUGACAUCUUCCACAGCAACUUCCUAAAACAGAUCUAUAUGGCCAUGCAGAUUGCUUCUUUUUUUAUGUUUCUGUCUGUGCUUGUGUCCCUGAUUCUGCUUUAUUGGUGGAUUAUACAGAGGCUUCAACAUGCUCAGCGCACUAUGACAGCACAGCCUGGCAGCACCAAGCUAAACAAGUCUAAGCGUAACAUGCUAGUGCUAGUGAUCAUUUUCUGUGUGUGCUUUGUGCCUUAUCACCUGGUGAGACUGACUUACACAUUCAUCAAACCCUUGCUGCAUGACUGUAUAUCUGCACAGGUAUUCUACAUCCUGAAAGAGAUGACUGUGCUGCUUGCAGUACUAAAUGCCUCCUUGGAUCCAAUUAUUUACUUUGUCUUUUGCAAGACCUUCAGGGCCCAACUUAAACUUCAUAAGAGAUUUCGCUAACCAGAACAAGAGAUGAAGACACCUGGAAAUGAUAAAGGAAGUAGUAGAUAGAGAUAAAGGUGAAGUGUAUAAUUUCAAUUUCUGCGGCAACAAACGUAAUGGCAAAAAUGAGUUUCCCAUAAACUCCCCCAUCUUCCAGUGGUCAAACCAGUGAUGGAGUCACACUUAACUUCAGAGCAUGAACCGCAGUCCUUUGCAUCACAAGUACAAAGCUCUAUGAGAUGAGCAACCACGCAAUUUGAUUUAACUCGAAAAAGCUUUUAAAUGUAGUUGGUUAUGUAAUGCAAACAUUAAAAUGUCCUUACAAAUCAUGCCCUAUAGUUAAAGUGUUUUGUUGUCAUAAGACAGCACUGUGUGAGGAACAGGGCCAAAAGUAAGGGUUUGAAUGGAUAAUCUGUUGUUUUACUCGUGAUUUGUGUGAAUGUGAAGAAAAGUCAUGGUUGUUGUAGCGCGUCUAGUGUUCAUUUCUGCAGGGAACUGCCAUGAUACGUAUGAGCCACAAAUUUUUUUUUUUUUUUAAUAAAUAAAUAAAAAUAAUAAUAAUUGCAAAUAUGAUGCAAAAAAAGGUUGUAUGUUUAAGCUUGUUGAUAUGCGGAUAGUUUACAUAUGGAUACUAUGUGUGCAGUCUUCCACAUCCCUCAACUUGUGUUGGCAGAGGGAACCAGCUGAACUGUGCUUGACAAACACAACUUUCCUGAUUUAUUUAACCUCAUAUGGACACCACAGGGGAGAUCUUUGAGAGCUAAUAAUAAUAAGUCAGGAAAGCCCACAAGACAACUAUAACCUGGUGGUAAAUAUUGUCAAUUGCAAAUGUGUCACAUGUAAAUGUAUUAUUUUGUUUGUUCUUUAUUGUAUUUUAUUGGAUAUUCAUGCAUAUAAAAAAUGUAUUUGCAUAAGGAGUUUUUAAAAUAAUUAAAGUAUGUAUUACUUUUUAAAAGCGUGUGGUUUUGGGGUUAAUCGCUAGAAGUUUUUUGUUGCUUGCACAUCUUCACUAACUCACAGUGAGUGAAGCCAGAAGAGAUGGAUGGUUCAUUCAAAACUUUUCCAUACAGUGGGUGGUGAUCACACUCCCAAGCUCCAGAAAGGACAAGAAAACACAAAUAAAAGUAGCCCAUAUGGCUCAUGCGCUAUAUUCCAAGUUUUAUGUAGUCAUCUGAAAUAUUUGUGUGAG